AUAGUUUGAUAUUUAGUGUUUUUAUUUUAGUUCGUUUUACUGUUAACAAUACUGGUCGACUUAUUUGUAAACGCAACUUAGCAAAUUUAAUUUUCGAUAAAAUUUCAUUAAUAUAAUUAAAUGUUAAAUCAUUUUAAUCUAAUGUGAUUUCUGACAAAAUGGGAGAAAUUGAAGUAAAUUAUGGCUCUACAUUACCUACUGAAUCCCUGAAAGUUAUUGCUGAAAGUGUUGGUAUUGGAAAUUUAUCUGAUGAUGCAGCCAAAGAAAUUUCUGAUUCUGCUACAUACCGUCUUAAAUUAGUGUUACAAGAGAGCAAAAAAUUUAUGAUGCAUUCUAACAGAUGCAAGCUUUUACCAACAGACAUUGAUAAUGCUCUGAAAGUACUUGGUAUAGAGCCCAUAUAUGGAUUCCAUUCUAAAGAACAUGUACCCUUCAGAUAUGCUUCUGGUGGAGGAAGAGAAUUACAUUUCAUAGAUGAUAAAGAUAUAGACCUUAUUGAAUUUGUAAAUGCACCUCUUGCUAAAUUACCAUUAGACAUCAGCUUACGAUGUAAGUGAUAUUAAAUUAUCAAAUCUUAUAC